AUGGAGGGGAUACCUAACAGCUGGGCGCUGGUCCCGGGCCUCGAUCACGCUCCCGACGGUCUAAUUCGCUUGGGUAUUAUCUUCGUGAAUCCUAGCGAGCCCCAUCUGCCGCUUACGACGGUCACAACCGCUGAGCUUGAGGCGCAAUAUCCAGAAGUCUGGAGGAGUCCAUCAAUGGAGAUACUUUGGGAUGCUCAAGUUUCACGGAAGUUCAGCCUUGUACCUGGGUUGGAGGAGGUCCUCCUGGGGACUCUUGUACAUGAGGGAUUAGUGAUCUGGAGAACAUAUAUCCGCAUCGACAGUAUUGUGGACUACCAACUCGCCGGCAUGCCCAGCUAG